UCACUUCCUCCCCCGUCUCCUAGCAACGGCUGGAAGCGUUGUUGACAGCCCAGGCGGAGGGAGCGCCGGACUGAGGGACUGAGCCCAGAGUUUCGCCGCCAGUGCGAUGGCAGAGGUGGAGGAAACCCUAAAGAGGAUACAGAGUCACAAAGGGGUGAUUGGAACGAUGGUUGUAAAUGCAGAAGGUAUUCCGAUUCGAACAACCUUGGACAACUCGACAACAGUUCAGUAUGCAGGUCUUCUCCAUCAGCUGACCAUGAAAGCCAGGAGCACAGUCCGUGACAUUGAUCCUCAGAACGACCUCACCUUUCUUAGAAUCAGAUCAAAGAAACAUGAAAUCAUGGUGGCGCCAGAUAAGGAAUAUCUUCUGAUUGUCAUUCAGAACCCAUGUGAAUAGCCCUGCUACGUAUAUAGCCAAGCCCAUCCGGUGACACUGGGUUGAAAACACUUUACUCUUUAAUGAUUACUAAGAUUCUAUUCCAAUAGAACUGAUCUUUUAUUUUGGACAUUCUUUUCUAUUUUUACAUUUAAACUAUUGUACAUGUCUCAUUUAGUUUCUUUUGAAUGAAUUGUAAAGUUGUGAUUUAGCUACAUAAUAAAUAAAUUCUGGUA